GGAUGGUUCAUCUGAGGCUGACUUUCCAGCGUGGAGAUCUGCUAAGAGGGGCUCUCAGCCUUCCCUUGGUGGGGCUCUCACCAUCAUUGUAGGUGGACGCCACACAUCCUGAGCAUAUGACCAGGUUGAGGUCAACCUGUUGCUGUGAAGCCAACUUCUCAGAAGUCCACCUGGGGCACCUGUAUUUCCAAGCCAGCAAGCUCCUCUCCUCCUGCACCCGGUCUCUGAGCCCUGAGCUGUCACCUCUGCACUUCUGGACAUGGCAGGCCCCGUGAGCAUCGUCACUGGACUCCUGCUCCUGGCCUUGUGCACCCACCACCUCACCCCCACAGGUUCUAUAGUCAUCCCUUCCUCCUGUUGCAUGUCCUUUAUUUCCAAGAAAAUUCCCAAGAACGUGGUGGUCAGCUACCAACUGUCCAGUGGGAGCGUCUGCCCUAAGGCAGGAGUGAUUUUCACCACCAAGAAGGGCAUGAAGGUUUGUGGAGACCCUAAACAGCAGUGGGUCCAAACAUACGUGAAGAACUUGGAUGCCAAGCAGAAGAAAGCUUCCGUGGGGGCCAGGGAAGCGAGUGCCAAGGUCUGGAGACGCCCUGAUGACAACAUCACCAUCUAAUCACCACCCAACCCUCCAGCCCUGAGCUUGGCCCAGGCUUGAGCUCCCUGACAGGCUGCUCAGGGUCUGGAGAAACCAGCAGUGAUGGCAGAAAAGCUCAUUUUCCUGUUUCGGAGCAUCACUCUCCAGGGUUGUAUCUAUUCUAUUAAAAACCGCAGGGAGCUGCAGCAGGUCUGGUCCCCAAGGGCUGAGUAACAGCUCCAAGCAUGCAGAGCCCUUCACCUUCCCUGAGCUGGGUAAGAAGGUCCCAGAAGGAGGGUAGUGGUGAUCCUUUGCCCUCCUGACCUGGACCUGGCUCCUCUCUGACUUGUAGGCUCCAUCAGAGCCCGGGCACAUGAGACCCAAGUACCUGCAGGCAUAGUGUGUGUUGCUUGCACUCUUGUCUGCAACUGCCUUCCUUGGGCCCUCUGGUCUUGUGGACCUCAGGGCUGUCUGCCUCUCUCUCUCUCUGUGUGGGGGUAGGAAUCUGUCAGCAGCUGCAGCUCUCCAGUGUGUUGGAGAUGCUCCCAGCUGGUCCUGCUUCCAGCACCAAAGUGUGAGUAAUAACCCCACAAAAGUGGAAGAGCCCCUUCACCGCUUUCACUGCCAGAUCCUGUUCCUCCUCGCGCACUUCUUCUGGAUUAUAAUUAUCAAAUUUGCAGGAACUCAUUGGUUUUUGCAAAGAAAUUAACAUGGAGGGAUCAGGGUGAAAAACGACCAGCCUGGGUAGUUUAACUCUUUUGUCAAGAUAUGACUUUGGGCACAAAGCUUUGUGAUACAGCUUGCUCCAUGCCACUUUGGGGACAAAGACCUGCUCUGCCUUUAUAGCUGGGCUUUCCCCUCAUUUAGAUGAUGGUAAAAGCGGGUGGUGACUGAGAGGGGAUAAAAGCCUCAGCUUUUUGUUCUAUGAUGAGAUACUGUGUCAUUUAUUUGUCAAGGAUAUAAAUACAAUCACUGUUCUCAAAUAAUAGUCCAAGUAAAC